UUAAUUAGGAUUAGACAUAGUUAAUGACGUAAUUAAGGUUAUGUGGCUGGGAAUAUUGUGACCCCACUUGCACCGCCACAAUUUCUAGUUUCUUGUCUAUAAAUAAAGAACCAUAUUUUCUUCUCUUAUUGAAAAACAUCAUCCAGUGCUUGAUUUAUUUGAUUAACCUUUUUAAAGUUGUGUGAUCAAUUUCCCAGCUUCAGUUUCGGAGCGUGAGAAGUUCUCUUCCAGCUAUUUACAUGGUUGAUAUCGACAUCCAGAUCCCAUCUGCUUUCGAUCCAUUUGCUGAGGCUAAGGACUCAGGUGCACCUGGAGCCAAGGAAUAUGUUCAUAUUCGCAUACAACAAAGGAAUGGAAAGAAAAGCUUGACGACUGUUCAAGGUUUGAGGAAAGAAUACAGUUACGAAAAAAUCCUCAAAGAUCUGAAAAAAGAGUUUUGUUGCAACGGGAAUGUUGUACAGGAUAAGGAGCUUGGCAAAGUGAUACAACUUCAAGGUGAUCAAAGGAAGAAUGUUUCUCAUUUCCUUGUGACUGCUGGUGUUGUCAAGAAGGAUCAAAUCAAGAUUCAUGGUUUCUAAGUUGUUGGCUAUUUGAGGUUAUUGAAGCAUAGUAAUAUCAUACAGUUGUUUGGAUUUGUUUGUUAAGGGGUUGGUUUUUGGUUAAUGCCCAUGAAAUCUUGUCAUGGGUUUCUUUCUGAAUUGUGGUUGUGGUACUUUGUUUACAGAUAAUAAUAAGUUUGGUUUUCUACAGCUA